UCCAAAACAUCAAGAAAAUGUGCGAGGUGCAAAAGCUGGCCGAUGGCCUGUACCAGAUGUUUAACAAAUACAAGGAGUUGCGUAAAAUCGAAAUGUUACAGAUCCUGAAACGUGUGCGCUGCUGUGAUUGCGGCCACAAAAAGAGACUUAGAAAGGCAUUGAAGAUAGAGUCUGGAUGUCCGAAAUCCCCAACCCAAGGUCGUAUAAGCUUUCUUCUCGUCGCCUGUUUCGGAUUCCUUAUCCUGAUCUCCAUUUAUAUGAUCUACGUGGCUCGGCGAUACAAUCAUGUUCGAGCCUAUGGCAGCAACGCCUGCGGAUCGACUUUUUUCUAUACCUACACGGAUUGCGACGUGUUCUACUAAAGGACUAUCAAAUUUCACUUACCAAGGCUUAUAUUUUUAUUCACAUUUUGGUAACUGUUCUUGUUUUGUUUCUUUGGAUGCGCCACAAUAUAUAUUUUCCAUUCUUAAA